CCUGUUGCCCUACCGAAGAUUGCUUCAUCAUACCCAACUUAUGACGGUGAAAGCGUUAUCGCUUCCGGCUGGGGUCGUACCUCUGACACUUCGACCAGCGCUGCUUCUAAAUUGCAAUAUGUCACCAUGACUGUUAUCUCCAAUGCCCAGUGCAAGAAGUCCUAUGACGGUAUAUCAGCAAGCAAUAUAUGUACUGCCACAACCGGUGGUAUCUCCACCUGCAACGGUGACUCCGGCGGUCCAUUGGUAUUGGCAUCCAGUAAAGUACUAGUCGGUGUGACUUCAUUCAGCUCUGAUGAGGGUUGUUCUUUGGGUUACCCAGCAGCAUUUACCCGCCUUACUAGCUACUUGGACUGGAUUGAACAAGAAACCGGCAUUUCUGCUUAAAAAUUAACA